UUAAUAUGUAACAUUAAUACUUUUGACUGAAGCAAUUCAGUCGUAAGGCUUAAUCAUGUUCAUGGUUUGCCUCAAUUAAGUUAAAUGGCUCCCUUGGGCAUCUGUGGCACCAGAUCAGUUAUCAUGACGAGAAGGUAAAGUUUGUUUAUUUGUGUCACUAAGCAACCGGUAUCCUCAUCUUACCAGCUGCUAGAGAGAGUUUGCCUGUGUGUCAAUGUUUCCCAAUGGGACAGUAAAACAUUUUGCACAUGAUACUUUCCCUAUUGGUUUUCACAAUUAGGUGUCAGAAAAUAACUUAACCAAUGCUAAAAUGGCUUUAGCAAGUGGACAUUGGGUUGACAAAGAAAUUGCAGGGGUCCCACCAAGCCCAAGAUAUGGCCAUGCGAUGACUGUAGCAGGGAAUAUUGCGUUCUUGUUUGGAGGAGCAUCGAGCGCGAUCACAGAGGAUGAUCCUCCAAUAUAUCUCAAUGACUUUUACAUGAUUACAGUUUCAUCUAAUGGCGUAACAUGGGAGCUGAUGCCCCAGAAAGGUGAUGUUCCCACAGUAAGAGAAGGACACACUCUAUGUGUUGUUAAAGGAAAACUCUAUUUGUUUGGAGGCUCCUCACAUCCUGACGCUAAAGAGUGUCUCCCAGGCGUCUAUUGCUUUGACAUUGUGACGUUGACGUGGGAGAAGCUGCUCACUGCAGGCGUGUCUCUGCGGACACUGAGACACAGCGCAGCGGCUCUGGGAGAGAAUAUCUAUGUGUACGGAGGGAUUUCGGGUGGAGUCCCGACCGAAGAUCUCAUGAUGUUCAACACAGUGUCAUUGAAUUGGAUGCCUAUUAAAACUACAGGAACUCUACCUUCAGAAAGAUAUAAUCACUCAUUUGCUGUGGUCGGAGAGCAGAUCUUCUUGUUUGGUGGAUGUUCAGAGGAUGGGUCUCAACUCAAAGACAUGUAUGCAUUGAAUACAGAGACUCUGGUGUGGGAACAGUGUCAGGUAAAAGGAGAGUCUCCUGUUGUUUGUGCCGGUCAAACCUUUACGUCGCAUCAUGACAAGGAUAUUUACUUAUUUGGGGGAACAAUCACUAAUCCAGACGGAGCGGUAUCAUCCAGCAAUGAAAUUCACAAACUAAGCAUCGCAAAGAUGAAGUGGAAGGUCCCGCUGUAUGUGGGCAUCCCUCCCGCCAGACGUCAUGGACACGCGGCUUUCAUCGUCCACAGUCAUCUUUAUGUGUUUGGAGGCAAAAAUGAAGAGCAAGAAUUUAAUGACUUGAAAAUAAUGAAAUUGAUAAACCCCUCGGAGAGACAGCCAGUGAUGAAGGAGAUUUUAUCUGAGUUUGGACUGCAGGGUGUCAGUAAUAGCUUCGCACCGACAAAGAUUCCCAACGUGAAGUACGAGCUGAGUCCGUCUCCAGUGACCGUGAAGAGCUACAGGAGUGAAAAUAUCCAGGUGAGCGGUCAUAGAGAUUUCAGUACAGUUCGUGAUGAAGCCAUGAACAUGAUCCACAAAGCUUUUGCCAUGUUAGAUGAGGAAUUCCAAAAACUAGACAGGGAAAAGGAAGCACUUGCACGGGACACUGAGGCUCUACAAAAUGAGAGAGACGCUCAAAACGAGCAUCUCCUGAGACAGACACGGGAAUUGCAGGAUAUGCUGGAAAGACACAAAGCUCAGAACGAGGCUUGGCUGCGUGCGCGGGCAGACGAGAACGACAAGGAGAGGAAGGAGCUGUGUAAACUGAGGGAGGAGGUGCUCCAGGAGCAGGAGAGACUCAAAGAGGAGCAGUGCAAUAUCCAAAAACGCAGUGAGCAGCUCCUGUCCAUUAUGCAGCAGUUCAAAGGCAUGUGAAGACACUGUCUCCAUGGCAACCGCUGAGGGAGACGGCCGAGUUUUGUUUGGGAAACAGCGAGAUUAUUAUUAAUGCCACUCCCUUACUGUGAUAUUUGGGUUUGUUUGUCUGCCUGAUGAUUUGGUUAUUCCGCUGUGUGUGUGUGUGUGUGUGUGUGUGUGUCUAUGUCUGUGUGUGUCUCUCUCUCUGUGUGUGUGUGUGUGUGUGUGUCUCUGUGUGUGUGUGUGUGUGUGUGUGUGUGUGUGUGUGUGUGUGUGUGUGUGUGUGUGUGUGUGUGUGUGUGUGUGUGUGUGUGUGUGUGUGUGUGUGUGUGUGUGUGUGUGUGUGUGUUAAUGGAUGUCACAACGCAUUUGACAACCUCAUUACCAAACAUACCUGUAGAACACUGAAGGAUUUAUGAUGCGUUUGAAAAGAUUUUUCUGAAGCGUGAUGAAGUAAACUGAGGUUUCAAGGUCCAUGUCAUUUAUUUAUUUCAUGUUUCUCCACAAGCAUGUGUUGAUAGAAACUGAGGCCCUCGGGUCACUAAAUUGAACUCUAUGGAUCUGAUACCAGUUAUUAAAAAAUCGAAGUCUGGGAUUUAUUACAUAAUAACAAUAAAAAAAAGUUUAUCUUUUUUACCGUUA